AUGCUCCGGCAACAUGUCUCACGGAUACAGCAACGAUUUCCAGCUUCUUGUCAUGGAACCAGGAUCAGGUCGACAUUACGAUGCCAUCGUUGGAGCAGCACCACACGAUCCAAAGAAACCAGUAACACAACUGUUUUGACAGAACAUGUUUAUGGACGCACACGGAUAUACACCAGCCUGCAAACAAUAGCCAAAGCCAAACCUGCAACGAGUAGUAAAUCACGUGUUGGAUCUUCAGUAACAUCACCACCGUUGUCUUGGCGAUGGUUGCAGUCGUCAGGGAGCAAUGUGGCAUCAUCAAGCACACAUAUCGGCACCGAUAACAAAGAUGACCAAAAGGGGAAUGUUCAUUUGCUUGGUGGUAUCAGGCAAUCAUUACGAGAAAUGUUUCUUCCAGUCGGGUAUCCGGAAUCUGUACACAGCUGCUAUAAGCCUUUUCACCUUUGGCUUGGUUUGGAAACCUAUGUCGGAUCAGCGAUUGGUGUGCUAUGUUCACAAGCCAUGUUGGCAUCGUUAGGCCUUGGUGAAGCUGAAGCAGCAGGAGGUGCUGUUGCGAUCCAAUGGGUAUUGAAGGAUGGCAUUGGAGAGUUUGGCAAGCUCUUUUUCAUCAAGCGAUUUGCAAGUUCAUUCGAUUCACAUCCAAAGACUUGGAAAAUGGUCUGUGAAGGAUUUUCAGCCGUGGGAUGCUUCCUCCAAUUAUGUACUUCGGUGGUGUCGCCCAAGUUAUUCUUGCCGCUUGCUGCAGUUGGAAAUAUGUUCAAUCUGGUGCACGAGAGCAUAUGGCUAGCAAGUCACAUGACGUUUACCAAGCAUUUUGCUACCACGGGAAAUAUCGGUGAUAUCGUUGCCAAGGAUGAUGCACAAAUGUCCACAGCGCAUCUUUUGGGUAUGCUGACGGGUGUUGGUGUCAUUUCUUUAUCACACGAGCCAUUGUAUCUCUUUGGUGCCUUUAGCAUUUUGACGCCAAUCAACAUAUGGGCCACGAUCAAGAUGCUUAAUGCUGCAGAGUUUGAGGUGUUGAAUCAAGCCAAGUUAACUCUUCUUAGCCGGACAUUUAUUGACAGUGGAAAAGCUGAAGGAUACAAGGAGCUACGAUCUCGGGAAAUUGGAUUUGGAGAGUGGAUCAAACCUGGUUCUCAUGUAUCCAUUCGACUCAAAUUGGGUGCAAGUGCCGAACAAACAUAUGAUUCCGUAGCCGAAGUCCAAUCAGCAACACACGUCAUGAAAAAUGAAAAUUAUCUCUUGGGCUAUCGCAAAGGCGUCAUGGGUGUUUUAUUCCACGAGGAUAUUGAAUCAGAAGACGUUAUUCAGUCAAUUCUUCAUGCUCUAAAGUUCCACGAUACCCUUGCCAGCAAAAACAUCAGCAAAGAAACCGAUUGGCAUGCAUACAUGGAUGCGUUGGAUGAAAGUCUUACUUGGACCAAAGAGAACAUUCCCCGGUUCAUGGAUGCCCUUGAAGAAAAAGGAUGGCAGCUCGAUUCGGUGUACUGGAAUGAUGGCGGUGUGCGAGUAAGCUGGGAAGGCCAUCCUAGUCAAUUAGAAGAACAACAACAGCAACAACGUACAUAA